AUGUCCCUCCGCAAGACACUCACAAAUCUCCUACACACUUUCAACGACAAAACCGCAGUGAUCGCAGCAUCACUUUCACUCAAACGCCGCGUGUCCUCCGUUCGCGUCCAUGUCCUUCGCGCCACCACUCAUCGCCUUGCCACUUCUCCGUCCGAGUCCCAAAUCGCUGCCGUUCUCUCCGCCGGCCGCAGCUCAUAUCUCCUGCCACGCACCUGCAUAGAGGCAAUCAUGGACCGCCUUCACAGAACCCAAAGCGCCACAGUGGCACUGAAAUGCCUCUUCACUCUCCACAACAUCGUAUCCGAGGGACCCUUAACGCUAAAGGACAAUCUCUCGCACUACCCUUCCCGCGGAGGACACAACGCCCUUAACCUCGCUACCUUCCGCGACGACACGGACGUGCAAUCUCUGGAGCUCAGCUCGUGGGUUCGAUGGUACGCGAAUGUUCUAGAAAAUGUCUUGACGGUUUCGCGCGUUUUGGGUUAUUAUCUGAUAAACAAGGGCGUUGAAAGAGAGUUUUCGGGGGUGUCUAGUGUUGAGUUGCUGUGUGAAAUACGAGGUUUAGUCGAAUUCGUGGAGCAGGUGAGUCACGCGCCCGAGUCGCUGCACCUGCAGAGGAUCGACUUGGUGUAUGGCGUUGUGAGAUUGGUGUGCGAUGAUUACGGGCGCGUGCAGCGCGAGAUUUCACAGCGCGUGGAGGAGAGUGUGAGGAGGGUGGGGGAUUUGGGUGUGGACGAGUUGAGAGAGUUGGUGCGGUGUUUGAAGAGGUUGGAAGAGUGUAAGGAAAGGUUGGUGGUUUUGUUUGUGAAUAGAAAGAAAAACGAUUCGUUUUGGGAUUUGAUUGGAAGAGUUAAGAAUAAGGGGGUGGCGGUUAUGGAGGAUACGGAGGGGAAGUGGUUGACGGUGGUGGUGAAAGGUAGGAACGAUUUGACUGACUCGACUCGGUUCACCAACCCGUUUCUAGAGCCCGGCGAAAUUCUAUAUUCCGGUCCCACCGGGUGGCGCGUUGCCACAUGUCAGCUAACUGUUCCCGCGUUGGGAUGA